AUGGUGUACGACUGGGAAGCACAUAGAGACACUCUGAACAGGCUUUAUGUGGACGAAAAGCGAUCCGUUGAAGACAUCAUUUCGUAUAUGCGGACAAACCACGACUUCGCACCUAGUAAACGCGCAUAUCAGUCUCAGUUCCGACGAUGGAAAUUCCCUUCAAAACACCAGCCGGCUCUUAAGAAUGACCAGCUUGUCGCCCGCAUCAAGGAGCUAUGGGAGCGCAACCUCUCCCAGGCCGAGAUGCUGCACAUCCUCAACGACGAGGACGGCUACCACAUCAAGUCCCGCGAGCUGAACCGCGUGCGCAGCAAGCAUAGAUGGCUGCUCCGUGUGCCAACCGGCAAGACCAAGGAUGGGGCCGACCUGUCCCCGCACGCUGGGGCCAGCAAUGGCGAGGAUGAGGAAGAUGAUGACAAGCUACAGAUGGCCAUGCAACACCCAUCGUAUAGCCUUCCUGGCGGGCCUGACCUAGCGUCGCAACUCAAGGAGGAGCGCAACCGGAAAAUGCAAGCCGAAUCUGCCGAGCUGUGGGCUAAUAAGAAACGCCGCCGGCGCACGAGGCAGUAUGCCGGGAUGCCUGCUGAUCCACCCGGGCCACCUCGCUUUCCGUCCGAAACAACACUCGGUGAGAGUCAAGUGAUCCUGGGGCUUGAUAAAGCGGCCUAUACUGCUGUUCGGGACAAGUUUCAGGCCCUUUGUGAAGGCGCGGGUAUCACGAAGAAGACAGUGGCCGGUCCUGAAGCAUGGGAAUCAGCGAAACAGAGCCUGAUUGGCGAAUUCCAACAACUUCGGGACGCCUUGUGGGUCAGCAAGGAGAACCUGGACAGGAAGAAGCUCGCGCUUGAUGUUAUAUGCUCAGACGUCACUAAGCGUAUGCGUUCUGGAGGCGACAAGGAAAUGUUGCUAGCAGAUGCGAAAAACAUCCUUGGCUUGAAUCCAGAGGAGUCCAGGAGAGUGCGCUCAGCAUUCUACAAGAUACUGCAAGCGGAUGGCUUCACCUCGAAAGUGGCUAUGGGGGCUCAGCGCUGGAAGGAGCUCAAGCAGAGAUGGAUCGACGAGUCCGACAUGCUGAAGAGAAUAUUGACCAGGCUUGACGAUGCGCAAAGCUACGACAUGAAGACAAGGGCCGUGGAAGCGCUGGCAAGAGACGUUAUGAAGCGCUUGAGGGAUGACCAAAGUCGAGGCAAGGGUUCUAAGCAGACCAGAGCAAGGUCCUCUGAAGGGCCUGCGGCGGGUGAAGACUACCAGGAGGAUGCUGCUGUCAUGGACAACAUGGGCGAGGACGUCUCUGGAUUCGGUGCCCAGAUGCUUGUUCCGCCCAGUGCCGAUACGAGCCACCACGGGCACGCCCACACAAGUCGUCUGAUUUCCGACCAACACCUCCUCGGUCCGCAGAUGGACCUACAAGUACCUAUGGAUCCCCAUCUUGGAUCGUCAAUGCUCCUGGAUCCAAAUCCCCCAAACCCGUUUGUCAACCCUCACCAACAUUUCCUUGCAGGCCCGUCGCCCAUGGAAGCUCCGUCACCGUUCGAUCCGGCACCCCCAGUCGUGUUCCAGACGGCACCUAUCACAGAUACUGGACCUAGACCGGUAUAUCUCCAGCCGAUCAGCCCGGGGAAUAUCGACCCAAGUGUUGGACCCACCAUCGUCUUCUUGACCUCCCAGUCGUUGGAUGAACUCCGCCAGAUCGCCGAACAGAGGUUCCCAGGCUCAACAUGCCUAAGAGUAGAAGGGUUGUUCAAGAUGCCGGGGAUUCCGGGGCAGUAUAUUCCAGUGGAAAUCGACAACGAUGGCCAUCUGAGUGCGUACCUCGCCCAGGUGCGACCGCCCUCCUUCAACGUCCGGUUGGAAUUCUAG